AUGACCGGCCGAGGCAAGGGAGGAAAGGGAUUGGGAAAGGGUGGCGCCAAGCGUCAUCGUAAGGUGCUGCGUGACAACAUCCAGGGAAUCACCAAGCCCGCCAUCCGUCGUCUGGCUCGCCGUGGUGGAGUCAAGCGUAUCUCCGGUCUCAUCUACGAGGAGACCCGUGGUGUGCUCAAGGUGUUCCUUGAGAACGUCAUCCGUGACGCCGUCACCUACACCGAGCACGCCAAGAGGAAGACCGUGACUGCCAUGGACGUAGUCUACGCCCUCAAGCGUCAGGGACGUACCCUGUACGGUUUCGGAGGUUAA